CUAGAUGCGGCGCCAGCCUGAGUGUGGCUAAAGUUCCUUGGCGCACGUAAUCCUUCCUCUCCCGCUCACGCGUCGCUGCAAAGACUCGACAGUGAAUACCGGUUUGCCCUGUGCUACACCAGUGUACAAGACCGGUUCCUGUGCUGCGAUCUUCUUCACUGCAAAGCCUCGCCCCUCAGCCUCUUUCUGCGCCUCAAUUUUCGCAUUGCGCCGUCAUUAGCACCGCAGCGUUCGUGCGCCUCAAAUAUGUCUGAUGCGGGGAAGCAGAAGGGACUGAAGAAGUUCUUCCACCCUUUCAACCACAAGGCCAGCGAGAAACUCCAGGAGCUGCAGGAGAAGCUCGAACAUACUAAGCUGAGAGAAGCGCACAUCAAGGCUGUGCAUGUCAGCCACAAAGUGGGCAAGUUCAAGAAUCUGUUCAACACCAACCACCGUCACGACGAGGACCAUGAGCAGGCGACCGAUGACAAGCGCACGAGGGUCGGAGAGAACCAUCGCUUCCAUUCAUUUGCGCCGGAAAGAGAAGGCAACAUAGUGAAGUGGUAUGUUGAUGGUCGAGACUACUUUUGGGCUGUUGCCGAGGCACUGGAGAAGGCGCAAGAGACCAUCUACAUCGCAGACUGGUGGUUGUCGCCUGAGCUGUUCCUCAAGCGCCCUCCUUUCUAUAAUCAGAAAUGGCGACUGGACCAGAUUCUCAAGCGCCGGGCGCAGGCUGGUGUGAAGAUCUACGUUUCCGUAUACAAAGAGGUUUCCGCUGCACUUACAUGUAACAGCCAGCACACCAAGAAAGCGCUAAGUGGUCUCAUCAAAGAAGGCGAGCCAGGGUAUGGGAAUAUCAACGUGAUGAGACAUCCGGAUCAUAAUGUAUUUGAGAACGCCUCUGAUAUGACCUUCUACUGGGCGCAUCAUGAGAAGUUUAUUGUGAUCGACUACGCUAUGGCAUUCAUUGGCGGUCUCGACUUGUGCUAUGGGCGAUGGGACAACAAGCAGCAUCCGCUGGCGGAUGUUCAUCCCUCUGGAAUCCAGAACCAGAUCUUCCCCGGCCAAGACUUCAACAACAAUCGCAUUCUGGACUUUGAGGGCGUUGAGGACUGGAAGUCGAAUAAGCUGAACAAGCUCGAAUAUGGUCGCAUGCCAUGGCACGAUGUCGCUAUGGGCGUCAUUGGCCCGGCUGUGUAUGAUAUCGCCGAACACUUCGCCCUCCGCUGGAACUUCGUCAAGCGCGACAAGUACAAGCGUGAUGAGCGAUAUGACUGGAUCACGAUGGAAGGACGAGAAGGCGAGGACGAGGAUUUGAUUGGCGUACAAAGACCGAAGUUUCCCGUUGGGGACUACGUACAUCACCCGAAGACACCGCUCUCCCAGAAGAACCUGGACAACCGCGGCACAGUACACGCUCAGCUAGUACGAAGUAGUUGUGACUGGAGUAUGGGCAUCUUACCUGAGGAGCAUAGCAUCCAGAACGCCUACAUUGAGCUCAUCAGGAACGCACAGCAUUACGUGUACAUCGAGAACCAAUUCUUCAUAACCAACACACGGAAAGACGACAGUAGCCCUGUCCACAACCAAAUUGGUGCUGCCAUUGUCGAAGCUGUUGUGAAAGCCGGAAAAGAAGGUCGCAAGUUCCGAGUCAUCAUCGUCAUUCCAGCUAUCCCGGGUUUCGCUGGCGAUCUCCGAGACAACGCUGCCGCCGGAACUCGUGCGAUCAUGGACUACCAAUUUAAGAGCAUCUGCCGUGGCGAGGACAGUAUCUUUGAGCGGGUCAAGGCGCAGGGAAUCGAUCCUAACGAGCAUAUCUUCUUUUUCAACCUUCGAUCGUACGACCGCAUUAAUGUCACUCCCACGCUUAAGAAGCGCGAGGAGGAAUCAGGGACAUCGUACAUGGAUCUCGAGCAAGCUGAGAUUGAGGAGCUAGAAGCACCCCUCGAAAACGGUGAAGCGGCAAGAGCGAAAGCCAAGGAGCUUAGAGACAAGUUCAUGGGCCAGGAAGUUGACGUCGGGAAGGGCGAUCAGGGAGGGGUUAUCGAUCCUGACUCGAUAGCAGAUGACGCUAUGCUCAACGACAAGAAGCCCAGCAACGAAGAGUGGGAAGGCGACCCCGAGGAGGAGAAGAAGCAUUUCUUCCAGGAAGAGCUCUACAUCCACGCUAAACUGUGCAUCAUCGACGACAAGUACGUAAUCUGCGGCUCCUCCAACAUCAACGACCGCUCGCAGCUGGGCCUGCACGACUCAGAGCUGUCGAUCGUUCUGCAAGACAGAGACGAGAUUGAUAUCCAGAUGGAUGGGAAGCCCUACAAAGCCGCCCGCCUUGCACACGACCUGCGCUCCAACCUCUGGCGCGAACACCUGGGUCUCCUCCCCGCGCAAGCACUCGAAGCCUCCGAUGACCCCAACGCACAGCCUCCCGGCGAGAAUUCCCCCAACGACCCCCAGCCCGGGCCGGAAGCAGAGUUUGUCGCCGACCCACUCUCAGAAAAGCUCUGGGACGAGUGGUGCGGCCGCGCAACCGUCAAUACAGAAGUCUUCCGCACGCUCUUCCACGCAGAUCCCGACGACAACAUCCUCACCUUUGAGGACUACGAUAACUUCACGCCGAACCCGAAGAAGGACAAGGAACACAAGCAAGGUCACCUGUACGAUAUGGUGCGCCCGGUGGCGGAGAUCAGACAGGAGUUGGAUCGUAUUCAGGGCCAUCUCGUCUGGAUGCAGUUGAGGUUCAUGGAGAAGGCGGAUCUGGCGGAACGUGGCUUGCAGGUCAACUCGUUCACGGAGUCGGUCUACACAUAGACGAGAGGUUGUAGAUGUAGAGCAGCGCUGGUGUGUUGGUCUGCUUAUGUUUGUACGUGGAGAUGAUAUUACGUGCUAUGAUGGAGCCUGGGUGAGCUGGCGGUGUGUUGGCGUCUGGAUUCCCUAUUGUCGCUAAUAUCGAUACCGCAUAAUUCAAAUAUUGUCGUGACACGGUACGUCCCCGG